AUGCCCGGCUUGUCUGUCAAUUUCGCUCAAAUCGCACUGCGGUAUGCAAACAUAUGUCCGGAGAAAGUUGCUGCUGUCUACAGACCAGAACAAUCGUUAGAUGACGUCGGCCACCGCCGACGGCUUACCUUCGAAGUUCUUGAAACGCGCGUGAAACGCCUGGCACUAGCGCUGCGAAAGGCUGGCGUACGUCGAAGUGAUUCCGUUGCCGGAGUGCUGUCGAAUACUCCGGAUGCCGCCAUCGCUAUGCUCGCGACAAAUGCUAUCGGAGGAGUUUGGUCGUCAUGUUCUCCUGACUUUGGAGAGACAGCUGUUUGUUCCAGGCUAGAGCAAGUACAACCGAAAGUCUUGUUCUACACCCCAGCAUAUCGCUACAAAGGUGAGGUGCGAUGCGUCCUAAACAACAUAUCGAGGAUAGCUACUCGCAUGCCUUCAGUAGAACUCCUCAUAUGCAUGCCUCCAGGAUGCUGUUUAGAGGGGUAUAGUAUCCUAUCUGUGGCAAAAACAGCACCAACAGGAGUUAAUCAUGCGCUAUUGCGAGAUUUCGAAAAGUCUGCCGGUUCAAUUGAGACAUUCAGAUACGAAACGAUGUCCAUGGACGAUCCCGUCGUCACAAUGUUUUCGUCAGGCACAACAGGAAGACCGAAGUGUAUCGUUCAGGGGCCUGGCAUCUUGUUAAAUCAAAUGAAAGAACAUUCGCUCCAUCAUGAAGUUACGGAGAUGUCCACAAUGCUCUACACGACAUCGACAGGGUGGAUGCUGUUCAACUGGGUUAUCGCAGCCCUAGCGACCGGGUGCAAACUAGUUUUCUAUGACGGGGCUGCGAUUCCCGACAAUGAUCCGUUUCGCUUGAUCAACAUUGCCAACGAUGAAAGCGUUACCCAUUUCGGCAGUGGGGCCAAGUACUAUUACGCAUUGAGUCAAAUACCAGCUAGCCACCAGAAGGUCUUGCCGAAACCUCCGGUUUCGAGCUUGCGGUUGGUUAUGGCAACUGGGUCUCCAUCAACUGUCGAUCAUUUCGAUUUUGUUCGUUCUUUCUUUGGUCGAGGUGUGCAGUAUGCGAGCAUGUCUGGCGGCACAGAAAUCAAUGGAUGUUUCGCGUUGGGCACUCCCUGGAAGCCCGUCAUCGCACCUGAACUGCAGUGUGUUGGUUUAGGAAUGGAUGUGGCUGUUUUCAGCAAAGUUGGGGCUCCAGUGACAUCCGAACGUGGGGAACUAGUCUGUCGAAAUUGCUGUCCAUGUAUGCCCCUCUACUUUCAAGAUGACAAUGAACAUCGAAAGUACAAGAGUUCUUAUUUCGAGCGAUUUGGCCCGCAGAUAUGGGCGCAUGGUGAUUUUGCAUCAAUAACAAAAAACGGAGGCGUUGAGAUCACCGGCCGAUCAGAUUCAACACUAAAUCCUGGGGGUGUUCGUAUUGGAACGGCAGAUUUGUAUCAGGUGGUAGAGGGCUUAGAAUUUGUUGAAAGCGCCCUAGUGACAGAGCAUACUCUAUUCGGAGAUAACAGGAUUGUUAUGUUUGUGGCACUGCGCCACCCACUUCUCCUGAGUAGUUCCAUAGAAAAGCAAAUCCAGCAUCAGAUUCGAAGUCGUCUCUCUCCGAGGCACAUCCCAUACUCUAUCGUACAAGUCCCAGAAGUCCCUUUCACAUUCUCUGGAAAGAAAUGUGAGAUUCCAGUCAAACGCAUCCUUCAGGGCCGAGAACCCGGUAACAGAGAGGCGGUCAAGAAUCCCGAGGCGUUUGACUCCAUACGAAACGCCCUUUGGAAAAAGGGCCUUCUACAACCUUCUGCGAGUAGUACUCGCAGAGUUGCAGCUUUUAAAAUGUAGCCUACUCGUGCAAGUAGUUUCGACACUACAUCUACAUCUAUGUGCACGUGCCGGUUUCGUAUCAAAAGUUGCAAAGGCAUCGAUUUAGUACUCACGGACUCACGACCUACAACCUUUAACAGCUUCCUCGUGUUGCGCAGCAAGAAGUCGGCAGGUAUGAAACAAUAUGACGUUUGAGAAGAAGUGCAUUCCUGUGAAUUAAGCCAGUAUCAGCAGCAUUUUUAUCUAAGCGACCUUUCGAUCCGGGGCACAUUCUCCGUUGCUCGUAAUGGCAUAUAAGGACCUCAAAAUGCCCAGAACCGUAUGUUUAUGUAAUUUGGACAAUGAAAUGCUUGGAACAUGGGUACGAGGAGGUGAGCACUUUAAACCGCAUGGCCUUGGUGCAAGCUCGUCCAAAAGUCUCAAGCUCCGAGUUAUAUCCCAUUUCCAUCGACUUGAUUGCCGAGCAUGUCCGGAGGCGGCGGUAAAAUGUCACUACUCAGUGACGAAGAAGGCCGGCGAGUUGAUCGUGGCCUUGAUCAGUUGGAAGAGUCCGGGCCCGGAAGCGAAAGACUGUCACUGGAUGUCUUUGAACCUUUCUCUGUAGGACACACAGAGAUUUCGUCGCCUUGGUCUCGGCAGCAUGUCACAUUUAAGAAGAUUGAAGUCGUCAGUGCUCGCCAAAUCAAUACAUUGGCAUUUGUCUUUAACUUGACUGCCGCCGUUGCUCUGGUGUGUUCUGGAACAUUCAUUAUUCUUUCGCGCACGGUGUUCUCACAGUCCUUACCAGAUGUGCCUGGCGCUCAACCUGGCGCCCUAAUAAGUAUUCUGGUCUACGAGCUUCCACUGUCUUUUAUCAUGUUUGAUUCAAUAAUGAACUUUGUUGUCUUCACG